GAAAUAACGGCAAAUACUCAUUACAGAUUAUGGAACAGUCAGCAGAUAAGGAUUUUUCACAGGAUGUUUCCUUUAAUAUCACAAGUGCUCUGGGAGGUGGGCAAACUCACCUGCAUUUCACAUGAGUAAGCUAAGGCAGAGAGAGGUUGGCUGGUUUGCCCACAUCCAUCCUCAUCAGAGCAAGGGUGGAGCUAUUGAGUCCAAGACCAGGACCCAAGUCUUUUCUGAAUCAUCUUCCAUGCUUUACCGAAUUGCUCACUUUCUCUAUCCCAUGAGGGUUGCCUAGGUGAACUGGGUCUAACUGAACUUCAAGGUAAUUCUUGAUAUGCAGCAGAGGUUCCAGACGGACAAUGUAAAUAGUAUGACUUACAGAUUCUAAUCCAUCUUUUGUCUAAGAUGCUGAGAGUUUUAUGCUCACACAGGGCUCUCUUUCAAGCACUAGCUGGCUUAGUGGGGGCAGCUCCUUUCUCCCUUGCUUCCUGCUAUCUACUACUAACAAAAAAUGAGCCAAGCGUUGGCCUCAAUUUACUAUAAGCUAAUUGUUACUUCUGACAAUCAAUGGGUAGAAGAAAGAGCACUGAACUUGGAAGUCCUGGGGAAACUGGAGUUAGAAUCCUAGCACCAAGUCUAGAACUUGAAGGACAGGAGUGUCCUCCCAACUUACAGAUGAAAAAAAAAAAUCAAGGCCAAGAGGGAUCACAAGUUGUCAAGGGCUUAGAAUACCUCUGGAGUCAGACUAGACUGAAUGUGGUUUUGACCAACUCACUGAAACGCUCCAAGGCUCAGUUUCUUCAUUUGUUAGAUGGGGAUGAUAACGUGUACUCCACAGGGCUAUUAUUCAAAGGUUAAACGAGGCAAUGUAUGGACAGCACAGGGCAUAAGCAAGCGCCCAGUAACUGAGGCUGUUGUUGCCAAAGCUGGGAGUGAAACCCAGGUCUUUGGACUCUUACUUUCUCAGCCUCAGGGAGAGUCUUCCGAACCAGGGCGCCCUGGUACAGAAGCUGGAGUUCCCAUCCUCACCGCUCGCGACCGGAGGUAGAUGACAGUAAUACGCGGGGCCAAGGGAAACUAAGGGUUAAGAUGAUGAGCUUGAGAAAGCCCAGAAAACUAGAAAAGCGGACACCCACCCCCCACUCCCCACCCCUACAGGCCAGACUUAGUAAGCCCCUCCUCUCCGCCACCGGGGCGGUCGCCUGGCGGUCCCUCCCUCCCCCUCUCCCUUACAAGAUCUAAUGAGCUCCCCCGGGAAGCCGAGCUGCGAACCCAGCCCGGAGCUAGGAGGCUGCACCGCACGCACGGUGUCCCGGCGGAGUCUGGGCCUGGGAAGCCGGCGGGAACCGGGCGGGGGCGCACCGGCCGCUCUCCAGAGCGCACCGCCGCUCUCCCGGCCGCGGGAGAGACGCUGCGAUGGCGGUGCAGGCUGCGCUCCUCAGCACGCAUCCUUUCGUCCCAUUCGGCUUCGGGGGCUCCCCAGACGGGUUGGGGGGCGCCUUCGGAGCCCUGGACAAGGGCUGCUGUUUCGAGGACGAUGAGACCGGGACGCCGGCGGGCGCGCUGCUGGCGGGCACCGAGGGCGGGGACGUGCGCGAGGCCACCCGCGAUCUGCUCAGUUUCAUCGACUCGGCGUCCAGCAACAUCAAGCUUGCACUGGACAAGCCGGGCAAGUCGAAGCGGAAGGUAAACCACCGCAAGUACCUACAAAAGCAGAUCAAGCGCUGCAGCGGUCUUAUGGGCGCCGCAUCCCCGGGCCCGUCCUCCCCGGGCGCCGCCGACACCCCAGCCAAGCGGGCGCUCGGCGCUCCCAGCGCUCAGACGGUCGCGCUACCAGUCCACGGCAAGGCCGCCCCCCGGCGGGAUGCGUCGCAGGCCGCUACGGCGGCCAGCCUGCAGAGCCGGAGCCUGGCCGCCCUCUUCGACUCGCUGCGCCACAUCCCCGCGGCCGCCGAUUCCGCUGGGGGUUCCGUGGCCGCGCCUACCGUGGGGCUCGGCGGAGCAGGUGCUGGGGGCGCAGUAGGGGACGCCGCUGGCCCUGCUGGGGUUUCGGCGCUCGCGGGCUCCAGGAAGGUCCCGCUGCGUGCUCGCAACCUGCCCCCGUCCUUCUUCACCGAGCCCCGGGCAAGCGGAGGCGGGUGCGGCCCGUCGGGGCCCUGCCUGAGUUUGUGCGACCUGGAGAAGGGCUCCGAGAACCUGGAGUUCUUCGAACUGCUGGGGCCGGACUACGGCGCUGGCACCGAGGCGGGAGUCUUGCUCGCCGCCGAGCCUCUGGAUGUAUUUCCCACCGGAACCACGGUCCUGCGGGGGCCUCCGGAGAUGGAGCCUGGCCUCUUUGAGCCGCCCCCAGCGAUGGUGGGAAGCUUACUGUACCCCGAGACCUGGAGCGCCUCGGCCUGUCCCCCGACCAAGAAGCCGUCUCUGGCUACCCCCCGGGGCGGCUCGACCUUGAACGAGCCCUUGCGCCGCCUGUACCCAGCCACGGUGGACUCUCCGGGCGGAGAGGACGGGCCGGGCCUUUUGGCCUCUUUCUCCCCCUUCUUUUCAGACUGUGCCCUGCCCCCGCCGCCGCCGCCGCCGCCCCACCAGGUGUCCUACGAGUACAGCGCGGGCUACGGCCGCACACCUUACUCCAGCCUUUGGAGACCGGAUGGGGUGUGGGAAGGGGGGCCGGGGGAGGAGGGAGCGCACCGGGACUGACACGGAGUAUCCUCCCUCCCCUUAAAGACUGCUGUGGGGAGCGCCCCCUCCGGGUCUCUCCUGAGCGUGAAGAACGAUUGGAAAAACGCACGCGGAGAAGAAAUAGGAUUCAAAGUUUCAACGGAUAAAAAAAAAAAAAAAAACUUAAAAAGAAAUGAAGAGGAGCUGGGGGUUGUUUUAAUCACAGUCAAGUGUCUUUGUUUUGUUUUGUUUUGUUUUGAGCCGUUGGUAGGUUCUCACUGGAACAGGCGAGCCAAGAAGCCGAGACGGGGUUUGGGCAGUGGGGUGGGGAUGGCAGAAGGGGCAAGAGGUGGCUUCCGUGGUCACCUGCCUCCUCUAAAGCCUUUCAGCAAGCGGUCAGGGUGUAUUAGUGUAACUGACCCUUCCAAACAGUGUCCUGGUCCCUCCCCUUCUCUCCCCUCUGAGUCCAUCGUGAAUUAAAUCCUAUAUUGAAAAGA